GCUCCGGCUCGGGCUUGGGCUCGGCGGGCGGGCGGGCGGACAUGGCGGCCAACAUGUACCGGGUCGGAGAUUAUGUCUACUUUGAGAAUUCCUCAAGUAACCCAUAUCUAAUAAGAAGGAUAGAAGAACUUAAUAAGACAGCGAAUGGCAACGUGGAAGCAAAAGUAGUAUGCUUUUAUAGACGGCGAGACAUUUCCAACAGUCUUAUAAUGCUUGCAGACAAGCAUGCUAAAGAGAUUGAAGAAGAAUCUGAAACUUCAAUAGAUGCUGAUUUGACAGAUAAACAGAAACAUCAAUUGAAACAUAGAGAACUAUUUUUGUCACGUCAAUAUGAAUCUCUUCCUGCGACACAUAUCAGGGGGAAAUGCAGUGUUGCGCUUCUUAAUGAGACAGAAUCAGUUUUGUCAUAUCUUGACAAAGAGGAUACCUUUUUCUAUUCUUUGGUUUAUGAUCCUUCAUUGAAAACACUUUUAGCAGACAAAGGGGAAAUAAGAGUAGGACCUAGAUAUCAAGCAGAUAUACCAGACAUGCUCACAGAAGGAGAAGCAGAUGGCAGAGAACAAUCAAAGCUGGAGGUUAAAGUUUGGGACCCAAACAGCCCUCUUACUGAUCGACAGAUUGACCAAUUUUUAGUUGUAGCCCGUGCGGUUGGAACAUUUGCUCGAGCCCUGGAUUGCAGUAGUUCAGUCAGACAGCCCAGUUUACACAUGAGUGCUGCUGCUGCUUCCCGAGACAUCACUCUGUUCCAUGCUAUGGACACAUUAUACAGACACAGCUAUGAUUUGAGCAGUGCAAUUAGUGUUCUGGUACCACUUGGAGGACCUGUUUUAUGUAGAGAUGAAAUGGAAGAAUGGUCUGCUUCUGAAGCUAGCCUGUUUGAAGAGGCUUUGGAGAAAUAUGGAAAAGACUUCAAUGAUAUACGUCAGGACUUUCUCCCAUGGAAGUCAUUGACUAGCAUCAUUGAAUAUUAUUACAUGUGGAAAACUACUGACAGAUAUGUACAACAGAAACGCCUAAAAGCUGCUGAAGCUGAAAGCAAAUUGAAACAGGUCUAUAUUCCAACUUACAACAAACCAAAUCCCAACCAAAUAUCUGGCAGCAAUGGCAAACCCAACACUGUGAAUGGAGCUGUGGGAACCCCAUAUCAACCUCAGAGUGCACUGAUAGGACGGGCCUGUGAGAGCUGCUACACCACACAGUCUCACCAGUGGUAUUCUUGGGGGCCACCUAACAUGCAGUGUAGAUUAUGUGCAACCUGUUGGCUGUAUUGGAAAAAAUAUGGUGGCCUGAAAAUGCCAACACAGACAGAAGAAGAGAAGCUAUCACCCAACCCAACUACAGAGGAUCCCCGUGUUAGAGGUCACAUGUCACGUCAGGCCACACAGGGAAUGCCAGUCCGUAACACUGGAAGUCCAAAGUCAUCUGUGAAGACCCGCCAAGCUUUCUUCCUUCAUACUACAUGUUUGACCAAACUUGCUCGCCAGGUCUGCAAAAAUACCCUCCGGCUGCGGCAGGCAGCAAGACGACCCUUUGUCCCUAUUAAUUGUGCUGCCAUUAGGGCAGAAUAUGCAGACAGACACUCAGAGGUAUCGGGAAGUCCUCUGAAGAGCAAAAGCACUAGAAAACCUUUGGCAUGUAUCAUUGGUUAUUUAGAGAUCCAUCCUGCAAAGAAACCAAAUGUACUAAGAUCUACACCAAGCCUGCAAAGCCCAUCCACUAAGCGGAUGCUUGCCACCCCAAACCAUGCAUCUCUGAGCAUCCUGGGAAAGAGAAACUACAGCCAUCACAAUGGCCUGGAUGAACUCACUUGCUGUGUUUCAGACUGAGAUGCCCUCAUCCCAUCCUCCAAACCAAGACUCACUUCAUUGUCCUACUGACGUUCACAGCUUUGGCUUAGGAAGAGGCAGUUGUGCUCCUGGCACAUUCCAGCUUGAAACCCCCAUGACCUGACCCCACACUGAGCCAAUUUCCCGUAGUGGGGAAACUUGAGUUCAGAUCCCCAAAGCUACAUCUCCAUUUUGUGAAUCAAUAGCAUCUCCCUUAGCCUCUCAAGGUACAAGCUGCCCAAGAGCAGGACCCAUUUGAGAAAUGAGGAGAUGAAAGUUUACCCUACUCCACCCUAUUUUAUCUGCAGCCCUCCAGCAUCACAGGAUUUGCAGUUUUUCUCUCCCUCCUCUUGAGCACAUAAAUGGUCAGCUGUAUCUCCUAGAAUGAAGCAAGUCCUGAGCCCUGCUGCCUUGGAAAGCCAGUAAUGUUUCAUGGAUCAGCCUGACUGUGGUUUGUGAGGAUGUGUAAUUGUGUAUAGGAGGGGGUAUAACAUCUUUUUGAAAGAAUUCUUAAGAAAUGUGCUCAUGUAUGUGCAGCCUACUGUGACAUCUUUUCCCCUUCACCAGGCAUCACAGUCACACAGCUUUGAUACCACCUUUACGUAACUUCCUCUGAUGCUAAGCUUCUGUUAGUUGUGCGGUUUAUUUUAAAAGGGAAACUUUCUCUCCCCCUGGGCAGCAAGAGUCUCCAGAAUUACCUGUCUCAAGCAGCAGAAAUUGCCUUUUGUGAUUCUGUGAAAGCCCCCUUCCUUGUCGCCUGUCUUUUUGAUUGUUGGAUAUAGCCUGAGGCCUUAACGUUUCACAUGUAGCUCUUAGAUUACCUUUGCCCCACCCUGUUUCCCCAGUGCUUAAAUUUUGCCUCAAAUUUGUCAUAAAUGAUAUGACACAAAUUAUUUUCUUCCCUGUCUAAGGGAGCUUUCAUUCUAUUCACUGAUGAUAAUCCAGGUGGUCUGGGCUCCUGUUUACCAGGUGACCCCUGCAGGUCAUCCAAAUGACAAACCAGUAAGGGAUAAACUGGGCCUGAAUCUGCCCUCACAUGGCUGAGACAAGCUGUGACACGUCUGCCCGGUAGAGGGCAACUGCCCUUUAGGCAGAUGAAAGUGGGGAGGGAGGAAGGGGGAAAGAGAGAGAAGGAGUAGGAGACAGACACCACAGACCUUGGAGGCCCCCAAGGAAUCUGCAUAAACACAGGAUUGCUUCUCUUCCUCUGCUGGCUUGAACUCCUAUCCUCAGCACCAGACCUUGGUGUCUUUACAAGUGGUUAUUUUGCAGUUCUCAGCAGAGGCUGAAUUGAAAAAAACAAAACAAAAAAUAAGAGGAAAUUGUUCUCCCUGGAAAGGUGAAUGUAGGUGAUAUCCCUGAAUCUGAAUUCCACAUGCAUGACUUGUCUCAUUUCUCUAACUCUUAAGAACGGGAGGGAAACACUCAGGAGCUACAGGCACAAGCCACCUUAUUUCCCUUUAUUUUAGGGUCCAUUGUUCCUAUAAUAUUCCAAGCUUCGGGAAAUGUGAGACAACAUUGAGUUGAGUGAGUCUUGGGCCCCCUGCCUUUCUGGUCAGCCAUAUCCUAAAUAGAUGGAUUUGAGUGAACAUAAGAGAAUGUAAUGUAUGAUGGGAUGAUACUCUGGGUCAAAGCUUCAAGUAUUAACUUGACUUCCAGAAACAUUAGUUACUUCCUCUUUUUUUUUUUUUUAAUGAGGGAGGCGAUCCAGUCCCUUUUCCCAGGAAUAUUUCCAGGUCUGUCCUCUGGAAUAAUGAGAGAUAGUGACUGGGUACCAGAAGAGGAGCUAGCUAAAUGGAGACCAGGGUGAGAAAAGGAGGCUAGGGGCUCAGAAAGUCCAGAAGGACUCCUUUAAGGGUGGUCCUUGGGCUGAAGGAAAAAGAAAACCAGAUUUGUCUGCCUAAGUGGGCUACAUGGUAGAGACUUUCAAUCUUCCUGUUUCAUGAAUGGGGGUUUUUUGGACCUAAGGGACUAAAUGACCCCUUGUCCUCUCCCCUCUCCCUUGAAAACCCUUAUUAAAUGCAGCCUUCAGAUUUGCUUUUGGCCAUUGUUAACUCCAACUUCUGAGGAUCUUAAAAGAUGGACCAUUCACCAGGUCCAAGGAAUUGUGUAUACAGGGCCAGGCUGUACAGGGGAAUAGUGCCCUAGGCAUUUCAUUUGGAGAACUUUUGCCAUCCAACUAUGAGAGAGUACUGGCUCUCUGUAAACUUUGUUCGAAAGGGAUCCUUUCUCCAUUUGAAGGUUCUUAGGCCAGUAAACUCUGAGCUUCCUAGAAGCAGAUUGUGAAAUAUGAAUGCUUAUGGGAGAGAGUUUAAUAACUAUCACUCAACUUUCUAGUCCAACUUUAUGUGACAUAUAGGACUCAAUGCUGCUCUUGAGGGUUCAGGCUUUCCCCUGCUGUGACUAUAAACUCCCACUGUAGCAUGAUGAGUUUCCCUGUGUACUGCCAUCUGGUCCAUAUGUCCCAGUGAGUUACACACACACAUAUACAUACAUAUACAUGCAUACAUACAUGCACACGCACGUGCACAAGUGUAGAAAAGCUCUGCUCUUAUGACUGAAGUCAAAUGACCUUUUAAAGCCUAUAGUGUUCAUCCAUGCCAGCAUUGCUUCCUCUCUUGUCUCCAGUUCCCCUCUAUGGCACAAAUAAUCCAAAAGGAAAAAACUGAAAUAAACUAUUGGUCAUGUUUUCAAUA